AUCGGGAUUUAGGUUUGUGCCUUCUCGGGAUCGAUUCGUUCCCCAGCCCGGUUUGUGCCUUCUCGUGAUCGAUUCGUUCCCCAGCCCACCACAUUUGGCCGAUCUUUUCUCCAUCCGUCUUCACUCCGAACGCAUGGCCGCUCCUGGAGGCAAUAAGAUCAGGAACGCGAAAUUGGUUCUUCUUGGAGAUGUUGGAACUGGAAAAUCGAGUCUGGUCUUGCGUUUCGUGAAAGGCCAGUUUGUGGAAUUCCAGGAAUCAACCAUAGGCGCAGCAUUCUUCUCGCAGACGGUAGCUGUAAAUGAUGAGACAAUCAAGUUUGAGAUUUGGGACACCGCAGGGCAGGAGAGAUAUCAUAGCUUGGCUCCCAUGUACUAUAGAGGGGCAGCAGCUGCUGUGAUUGUCUAUGACAUGACGAAUGCGGCCUCAUUCACUCGUGCAAAGAAAUGGGUUCAAGAACUACAAGCCCAAGGUAGUCCAAACACUAUAAUGGCUCUUGCUGGGAACAAAGCUGACCUGGUAGAGGCUCGACAGGUUUCUGUUGAGGAUGCCCAAACCUAUGCUCAGGAGAAUGGUCUUUUCUUCAUGGAAACUUCUGCUAAAACUGCAAUUAAUGUUAAUGACAUCUUCUAUGAAAUUGCCAAAAGACUAACCAGAGUGCAGCCCGUACAGAACCCUCAAGGAAUGGCUUUGGCUGAUAAACCAGACCAGAGAAUAGUGAAUACUACUUCUUGCUGCUCUUAGUUAAAGACAUUGCUGCCAUAUAACAGCCAACCGGUGCUCAUCUAUCUGAUUAAUCGAAAACGAAUUCGCAACUUGUGUUCUGCAAAUCCUGUUCUACUGUAAAUGUGUAGGUUGGAAAUCUGCAAUUAAGAGAUCAGCCACGUUUUGCAUGAA